GCGAGCAGUGGCAGCGGGCGCUUGCGCUGCUGAGCGAGAUGUGGGAGGCGAAGCUGGAGCCCAACGUCAUCAGCUACAGCGCUGGGAUCAGCGCGUGCGAGAAGGGCGAGCAGUGGCAGCGGGCGCUUGCGCUGCUGAGCGAGAUGUGGGAGGCGAAGCUGGAGCCCGACGUCAUCAGCUACAGCGCUGGGAUCAGCGCGUGCGAGAACGGCGAGCAGUGGCAGCGAGCGCUGGCGCUGCUGAGCGAGAUGUGGGAGGCGAAACUGGAACCCGACGUCAUCAGCUACACCGCUGGGAUCAGCGCGUGCGCGAAGGUCGAGCAGUGGCAGCCGGCGCUUGCGCUGCUGAGCGAGAUGUGGGAGGCGAAACUGGAACCCGACGUCAUCAGCUACAGCGCUGGGAUCAGCGCGUGCGAGAAGGGCGAGCAGUGGCAACGGGCGCUUGCGCUGCUGAGCGAGAUGUGGGAGGCGAAGCUGGAGCCCAACGUCAUCAGCUACAGCGCUGGGAUCAGCGCGUGCGCGAAAUGCGAAACUGGAACCCGACGUCAUCAGCUACAACGCUGGGAUCAGCGCGUGCGCGAAAUGCGAGCAGUGGCAGCGGGCGCUUGCGCUGCUGAGCGAGUUGCGGGAGGCGAAGCUGGAGUCCAAUGCAGCCAGCUACAGCCCUGCGAUCGUCGCUCUGCUCCGCAGACGCGAUGCGACAGGCUAGUCGGCCACACCGCUGAGGAACAGCGCUUGAGUGAAAGGUGGUCAGUGGCCGCGGGCUCUGGCGCUGCUGAGCGAGAUGUGGGAGGCGAAGCUGGAGCCCAACUCAGCUACAGCGCUGGGGUCAGCGCGUGCGCGAAGGGCGAGCAGUGGCAGCGGGCGCUUGCGCUGCUGAGCGAGUUGCGGGAGGCGAAGCUGGAGUCCAAUGCAGCCAGCUACAGCCCUGCGAUCGUCGCUCUGCUCCGCAGACGCGAUGCGACAGGCUAGUCGGCCACACCGCUGAGGAACAGCGCUUGAGUGAAAGGUGGUCAGUGGCCGCGGGCUCUGGCGCUGUCGAACGAGAUGUGGGAGGCGAUGUUGGAAUUCGGACGUUAUCAUAACUUUAGCGUUGUGAUCACUGGGUCGAGAUGAUGGAGGCGAAACUGGAACCCGACGUCAUCAGCUACAGCGCUGGGAUCAGCGCGUGCGAGAAGGGCGAGCAGUGGCAGCGGGCGCUUGCGCUGCUGAGCGAGAUGCGGAAGGCGAAACUGGAGCCCAACGUCAUC